UGCUGCUGCUGCUGCUGCUCCGACCGCUGCUCCCGCUCGGCAGCUCCCCCGCCGCCGCCGCCGCCGCCGGCCCGGGCUCCGCCGUCCACUGGGCCGCCGCCGCCGCAGUCCUCGACCCCGGCGGACGAUGGUGGCAUGGAGCGCGGCUUGGCGAGCGUAGGCGGCCCCGGCACUGGCACCGCGGCGGACGUUGUCGUGGAGGACGAGGACACCGGGACCACCGGGGAGGCGGAGGACAGCUACGGGGAAAGUAACGGAAACAUCCCGCCCACAAGGUCUCUUGUGAUCAUCAGCACGCUGGAUGGACGGAUCUCUGCUCUGGACCCUCACAACCAGGGCAGGAAGCAGUGGGAUCUCGAUGCCAGGUCCGGGUGCCUGGUGUCCUCCAGCCUCAGCAAACCUGAGGUGUUUGGCAACAAGAUGGUCAUCCCCUCACUGGACGGUGCCUUGUUCCAGUGGAACCGGGACAGAGAGAGUAUGGAGGCAGUGCCUUUCAGCGUGGAGUCCCUGCUGGAGUCGUCCUUCCGUAUCGGAGAGGACACGGUUCUGGUCGGGGGGAAAUCCCUCACUACCUAUGGCCUGGGUGCCUACAGCGGCAAGCUUCGGUACAUCUGCUCCACGGUCGGAUGCAGCCAGUCGGGGGAUAAAGAGAUGGAGUCGGAGGAUGUGCUCCUGCUGCAGAGAACUCAGAAGACUGUGCGAGCCAUCAGACCUCGAUCAGGGAUGGAGAAGUGGAACUUUAGUGUUGGGAACUUUGAGCUGAAGCUUCUUCCCGAGACGCAGCCUGGAAUGAACCUCCUGGAGGGAGACUUGGCGAAUGGCGACGGCUGGAGGGAGAGUCAGCGUGUCAUCUCAGAUGAACCCAAAGAGAGGGAGCAGACGCAGAACCAGCACAAACAGAACCAGAAUCUGGACCUGGUCAUCAAAGUGUCUGUCCCUGAUUGGAAGGUCAUGGCCUUCAGCACUGAGCCUGAUGGUCAGCUGGUCUGGGAGCAUCAGUUCUGCACACCUAUUGCCUCCGCCUGGCUGGUGGGCGGUGGUAAGGUCACACCGAUCAACCUGUUUGACGACACCGCCUACAGCAGCCAGUCAGAAAUUGAUGAGGAGGAGGACGAUGAGGAUGAUCCGGGGAAAACCAGGGGCGCUGCGGAGUCUAGUGUCUACUUAGGGAUGUACCAGGGACAGCUCUAUCUCCAGUCCUCAGUGAAGAUCGCUGAAAAGUUUCCCUCCAAAGCCAUCGGGUUGGGGACCGAUAUAAUUCCACUACCUACUGUCAAAUGGAAGCCUCUAGUCCAUUCUCCGUCCCGCACUCCAGCGCUGGUCGGCUUCGAUGAAUUCGACAAGUGUCUGAAUAAUGACAAGUUCUCCCAUGAAGAAUACGGCAACGGAGCCCUGUCCAUCCUUCAGUAUCCAUAUGACAAUGGCUACUACUUCCCCUAUGGCAAGCGUUACCGGGAGAAGCGUGACAGCUCUAUGAGCCUGAUAAACGGAAACGUGGCGGGGGGUGAAAGCCGCAGGAGAAAGGACCCCGUGCUGCUGCUGCCUUGGUGGAAGGAGAUCAUCGGCACCAUCAUCUUCUGCAUCGUCGCCACCACCUACAUCGUCCGCAAGUUCUUCCACCCGCCUGCCCCCGUGGCCUAUGUGAGGCAACGGAAAGAGUCGGAGACCCAGUGCCAGACGGACAGCAAGUUUGACCUUGAGGUUGUGGAAUCCAAGGAGCCGGUUGCCACGGAGACCCGCUCCAGCGAAUAUGUGUCCAGGUAUCUGACUGACUUUGAGCCGGUGCAGUGCCUUGGGCGCGGGGGGUUCGGUGUUGUGUUUGAAGCCCGCAACCAAGUGGACGACUGCAACUACGCUAUCAAACGAAUCCGUCUGCCCAACAGGGAGCUUGCUCGUGAGAAGGUGAUGCGGGAGGUGAAGGCUCUGGCCAAGCUGGAGCAUCCAGGAAUCAUCCGCUACUUCAACGCCUGGCAGGAGAGCCCCCCCGAGGGCUGGCAGGAGGACAUGGACAAGCGGUGGCUGAAAGACGCCAGUACCACUGACUGGCCCAUGAGCUUCCUCGACCACAUGGAGGCGCUGUCAGUCAAAGUGCCAGUGUCCAGCGCCGUCUCGCCGGUCUCCGUCCCUGGAGGAGACGUUCUGGAGUCCUCCGCUGAUUCCCGCGCCCUCCUCUCCAGCAGCGCCGGUGAAGCCGUGGGUUUCGGCCUCGACAACGGCGACCUGUCCUUCCACCCUCUCCUGGGCCACGACAGCCUGAUGUCGGAGAGGGACAGCCAGGCUGACCCCGACGCUUCCGACACCCCCCACUCCUUCGAGCUGUGCCCCCCCCGCGGCCCCAGCGACUGCACCUCCUCUUCCUUCGACAUAGUGUUCGAGGACUCGGGCUGCGACCGGGAUGCAGAGGCAGAUACCGGUGACUCUGUGACUUCCGGUGCGGCCAGUGCAGGCGUGCUGACGGACAAGACCAGCUCGUCUUCCUCGCACACCCGACAACGGGAAUCCAUCCCUCCCUCCUCAUCCUCUCCCCCUCGGCCAACCUCACUCACCCUGGCUCUCCCUACAGCUCCUCUAACUCAGCGAGUCCAGCCCUCUCCCAAGGUGUACCUGUACAUCCAGAUGCAGCUCUGUCGGAAGGAGAACCUGAAGGACUGGAUGGCUCAGCGCUGCCUCCCGGAGCAGAGGGAGCACAACCAGUGUCUGGAUAUCUUCCUCCAGAUCGCCGAGGCUGUCGACUUCCUGCACAGCAAGGGGCUCAUGCACAGGGACCUCAAGCCCUCCAACAUCUUCUUCACCAUGGACGACGUGGUGAAGGUGGGAGACUUUGGCCUGGUCACGGCCAUGGAGCAGGAGGAGGAGGACGACGAGCCCAGCGCACUGACGCCCGCACCGCUCCUCACCCGACACACGGGGCAGGUUGGCACGAAGCUCUACAUGAGCCCAGAGCAGCUUUCUGGAAACUCGUACUCUCACAAAGUGGAUAUUUACUCUCUGGGUCUGAUCCUGUUUGAGCUGCUGUAUCCUUUCAGGACGCAGAUGGAGAGAGUGAGGACUCUGACUGAGGUGCGAGCGCUGCGCUUCCCUGACGUCUUCUCCAAAAACAACGUGCAGGAGCUGAGUAUGGUGCGCAGCAUGUUGUCGCUGAGCCCCAGCGAGCGUCCCGAGGCGGCUGAGAUCACGGGGACGCCCCUCUUCCAGGAGCUGGAGCCUCCGUUCCGCAUGGCCGUGAGGCAGCGCUCCCGCACCUACAGCGCCUCGUCCAUGGGCCGCCCCUCGCGACAGACGUCGUCCAACUGAAGAUCCCACGACGCAAUAUGUAACCCCCCUGUCCCCGAAGCAGAACACCUCAGCCCCCCUGCCAUCGCACAACGCCUCAGACAGAAUCACGUUAGAAGCCGAGUACGACAAACCUGUGGGAAGGUUGUCUCAGUGGCUUUAACGCAACCGGACCAAGUCCUUCCCUCCGUAGCAAGUACACAUGCUGUCACAUAUUCGCUCAUCACAAUACUGCCCUAACUCACAAUUUUAAUCUCACUUACAAGUGCAAGAAUAUUUUAAAAGCGAAUGUUCAAGACCAGACUCGGCAGAAGUGGUUCUUUUAGAUGGCUCUGAGCACCGGAUGGAACGUGUGCAGCUCAGUGGGGACUCAACUCCUAUCUCCAAACGUAGCUGCCUGAAAUAUUGGGAUUUUUCUGAAACUGAUAUUCUCCUCACUCCAACAUGGCUCACACCACCUGGUCCUUUGAGUUGACUCACAGACGCUCUGAGAGCUGUUCUGGAUAUGAUUUGAUUCUGGUCUGGUCACAACACGCUGCUUGUUCUCAUCACUCACUCACACAACACCUCAGGUAUCAAAACCAAGAGGACACUACAAAGGGGCCUUUUGAUGCUUGAUCAUCUUCUCUACUGGUGACUGAUCACUGGUGUGAGCACUAACCGGUGCUCCUGACACUAAAUAUGCCUGAUUUGGGAGACCAAAAAAAAGACCAUCUUUUUUUCCUAUGUGUUUUUAUAACGAGAGAGAACAGAAGAGUUUAUGAGUCCAGCUCAUCAGAUGUGAUUUGCCUUCAGAGAGGGGCCCCGCGGCCCCUGAGUGGAUGAAUGCCGGGCCUCUGGCUCAUGUCGUUUCUGCAUGUAUCUGAUAGAAAAGUGAAGGGGUGAGUGUGACUUUGUUUCCUAAAGCCAAUACUUUGGACACAGUUUAUCUGUGUGUAAAUUUACACAACGAGGUGCUCAAUCAUUUUCAAACACCUCCUUUUUUGCUCUCUGUACAUAAUAGAAGGCGACAAACCUGUUUAUAUCUUCUGCUUUAAUUCCAGAAGAUACAUCUGAUCAGUCCUGUACAUACUGUAAGGUGCUGUUGCUUGUAAAUGGCCUUUUUUCAUGAGACCGCUGUAAGAUAGUGUGAUACACACUGCGAGCGGGCACAGAGGAGACGUUAUCGGAAAGAGCCGAAUGUUACAGUGUGACCUCCAAAGACAGAUCACCUCUUGUAGCUGUUUUGAAAUUAAUCUCAGUGUUUCCACCUACAUGGGAAACCGAGCGGAGGGGGUUGCUGCGCUUCGAGCAUCCGAGGAGAAGCGGUGGAACCAGAGUGCCAUUUAAAAAUAAAAAUCAGUUACGUGUACUUUUGAGUAACUGAUUGUGACUCGCCUCACAUUAUUGCAAUUUGGCUCCUGUGCUCCAACCUCGUCCAGCUGGUGUUCCCGGUGAAGCACUGAGGUCUGCAGCUCUCCCACCAUCCAGGAAAAUAGCAUUUAGCGAAGAAAGUGAGACAGUUUGUUUUAUUUGUUUGUUUAUUUUGUCCCCCUCUAGUUUGUCUACCGGGGACCUGGACCUGACGUUGGUCAUGUGAUCCCUCAUAAGCAUUGUUUUAUGUACAUAAGAAGUGCUGGGAGAGCACAUGACCUUUGUUUGUAACUACACACACUCACACUGCUAAUUGUAACAUGCUUUCAAUGAUUGUAAUUUUCUAAGGAUCUUCUCUUUUUUUAGAAAUAAGUGCAGUUUUUUGAUUAUCCUGCAGGGUUUUUUGAUCACUGUAAAGUCUCGACUGUGUCUGAUACAGGAAGUCAGGACCGUUGUUCGUCCAUCAGUCCACUCGGCCCAGCGAAGACGAGCUCUUCUUGUUGUAAAAGGGUUUCAAACACACUGUUCUAUCACCUCGAUUAAAGGAGGGAACGGGUUCAGUUCGGUCAGCACGUGUCCUCAAGUCAGUCGGAAAAAAUGUGAAAACUCAUCCUGCAUAUUCAGACGUUGCUUUGUGAAGGACAGUAUGAAGGUACUGUCACUUAAAUCCUGUGUUGACAAUGUGACACCAUUUGUUGAGUUAAUGUUUUUUAAAUGAAUUCAGGAAUGAAUUCUGGGUAAAUCCUUCUCUUUCACCAAUUAGCUAAAACAUGCUUUUCUUUUUAAUUUACAACAGGAAAGAAAUAAGUUAAAUCACCUACUGUAGUAAAAACCUUGUUAUCAUAUACUGUUCAACUGAAAUCAGCAUUACUGACAAUAGUGUAUUAUCGCAGGUUCUAGAGAUGUUGUGCUUUUCCCUCAAACCAGAUGAAUAACAUUAUACAGUAGGUUUUUCUUGCUCUGUUGAAAUAUGUCGAUCCUCCUCCUGCUCCUGUUGUCCAGGUACGUUGUUACCUGAGGAUUGUUCCGUUGGAAAACUCACGUCCCUCCUCUCACUCUCCGAAGCCUCCGUCUGGACAUGUGUUCGUUGCGUGUUCCUGUGCACAAACCCAUUCUCUGUCCACGUUGAACUGUAAAUAUGUUUAUUUGCUUUAUUUAUGUUCCGAUGCCGCGAUCAAUCCUUUGUGGGUUGGUGUUAUUAUGAACGCGCUUCAUGCGACGAAGCGCGUUGGAAUAUGAUGACUUCUUACAAGUCUAAAUUUAAUAAACCUGUUCUAUACCGUU